AUGUCCUACAGCACCGCUCCCCACACGGCGCAACCAAUGUCCAGCGACUGGGCAGCAGCCUUCCAGGCAAGAUUUGACGCCAUAUGCAGGCGAUUCUGGGAACACCUGGAGAACAGGCGCCAGCCACCAGCCCCAACACAGGUCAGCAUUAUGGCCAGAGCACCACCAACACAGCAGCCAGCCAAGGAUCUGUCCUCUGAAUGGCGAAAGACCAAGGCGCAGUCGGAGGGGCACCAGCUGGGCAAAGCAACUAACAGAACUACUAGCUAUCAACAUGACGGCCCAUCAGGGACUAGAGCCACCCCUAAUCACCACCAACGCCUGCGAAGGAGAGCACGAUGUCAGCGGAAACAUGCAACUCCGUGCAGCCCCACACCGGGGAAGGACUCAGCCGCGGAGAUGAGUCAAGUCUGUGGACCAGUGGUACCGGUUUUUAGAAGGUCCCCGAGCAGGAGGGGUGCUUCACCUGGACUGCACUGUGCAGCUGACCCAGUUUACAAUGUGAGGACUCUCUCUCCACCUACCAGAGGCAACAAACGCUUACUAGUUUAA